GAAUCCAAAGCAAUCGAGUUGUAAGAGAACGGCAAUUCUGUUGUUUAUUCGCGGCUUUCCCCACUCGUGGCAAGUGUUUUCACCUCUUUAGUCUUUGCUCAGCGUAGUGUCGGCCCAAACAUCGCCAAGACAAGUGACGAGAUUUUGUUCUCUUCGAUCGGGCCGCGCUCUUUACCGGAAACACGAUCCAUCCUUCCGCGGACCAUGUCGCGACUUUUCAUCUUUUUUCUGGCUUGUCUCCUCGUGACCAUUGCUAUCUCGUACGCAAAACCAACGAUCUAUAAAAGGAAUCAAGACAAUGUGUUCGAACCAGUGAUGAUACCAGUUUCAUCUACAGUGAUUCCUCUUCCCGUCUAUAAAAUGGAAUAUAAUUUUGGAUUUGUAUCAAAAAAUAAAAAAGCACAAUCAUCGUCUAAACCUGAAGAUGGAGUUAAACUAAUAACAAUCAAGAAGAGUCAAGAUAAAAAAACAUAAAUCCAUGAAAAUUAUUAUGUGAUUUUACGAUGAUAAAUCGUAAAAUUUGUCAAUAAUGAAGCAAUAUAAAUUCAUUAUUGUUAUAUGAUAAUCUACAUCAAUUGUGCAAAAAUUUCAAAUAAAUCUCGGAUUUAUUUUAUAUAUGUGCGCGUGCGAGUGUGUGUACAACAGAUUUUAAAAAUUGCAUUAUGCAGUAAUAAGUUUUCAGACCAAAAAUUAAUUUACCUCGAUAACUAAUAUUAAUAAUUUUUGUUCAGUAUGAAUUUAUAUUAAUUUUAAUAAGUGAAACAAAAAUCAAAUAUUAAAAAGCCAAAUUGUAUUAACUAAAAACAGAAUUUGUUAAGUUUUUGUAUUUAAUAAAAAUAUAAUGCAUCGUUUUUAAUAUUA